GUCUGUUGUCUAACGCUGCAGACUCCAGUGCCUCCUAAAUACUAUGUCCUGGAAAGUCUGCCUCAUCUUCUCUCUUCUUUUCAUAUCGUGCAGAUGUGGAGAACCGCUGGAUUGCGGGCACAAGGAGGAUGCUAAAACUACGAUGAUGAAACUGAAACUCUUUUUACUCUGUGGAUAUGACAAGUAUCUCCGUCCCGUUGAGUACCACACAAACAAAACCUCUGUGGGGAUAAUUGUUGCUCCUCGCAUAAUAGAUUUUGAUGAUGUUACCAGCACACUCCGUGUGAAAACUUGGCUAAGUUUGAACUGGAAGGAUUCUCAUCUCACGUGGGACAAGCUGCUCUAUGAUGGGAUUGAUCAGUUCACAUUGGACUCAAGUUUUAUUUGGGUGCCAGACCUUUCAGUCUACAAUGCCAAGGAUGAGACGGACACCUCCCUAGACCAACAAGUAUCUCCUGUGAUGAUUCACCACCACGGAGAGGUCUACGCCUUCAUGUCCCCUGUGUUAGCUGGGCACUGUGUGCCUAACUGGUCCAACUGGCCUUACGAUGUUCACCAGUGCACCUUGACUCUAGGAUCCAAGCGCUAUCUCGGAUCUACGGUGGACUUUACCUUUUUAAACAAAGAGGGGUUGUGGUUGAAGUAUCUUCUGCCUAAUAAUGAGUGGGAACUUAUCAAGACCAACACGACCCGCAACGAGACGGCCCUCGGACCCAAGAAUGAGACAGAUUCUUUGUUUCUGGUGUCGCUCAACUAUGACUUUACUUUGAGGAGACAUGCGUCUGUCUACGUAGCAACUUACCUCAUCCCUGGUCUAGUGAUGGUGAUGAUGUCACUGGCUCUUCUAUGGAUUCCCCCAAACAGAUCUGGUAGAAUGGCCAUUCUAUGUACUCUAGUAUUCCUUCAGUCAAUCAGUCUUCAAUAUCUAUCCUACAAGAUACCUGCCAAUGGAGACACAACACCUUAUCUUGUAUGUUUCUUCAGGGACUGUCUGUUCUUGACUGGUCUACUAGUGAUUCAGACAAUCGUCAAUCGGAGGUUGACUACUUGUACGUCAAACCCUUCAUAUUUGCAGAGUACUUUCAGAUUUGUGGCAAGCAACAAAUACCUACAGGUUUUACUCGUUAAUGAUUUAGAUCCAAAGAAUGCUGCUAAACUGAUGGACACAGGCAAUGACGAGGGGUCCACAUUGGUUGCAGCUGAUGAAAACGUCCAACAAUGGCAGAUGUUCGUCAACAUCAUCGACAGAGUGUGUUUUGUCCUCCUAGUCCCCAUCUACCUCCUCCUGUCAAUAAGCUUGAUGCCUGCAAAUUAUUCCUUCACUAAAAACUGAAACGGAUGUGAAAUUUAAACUUUUAUGUCAGCAAUAUUUGCUUUAGAAGUUAAAUUCGUUA